AGCGCGAGGGAGCGGGCGGCCCGCCUGCCAGCUAGCUAGCCGGAGCCCCGGGCGUGUGCCGCGAGUCGGGGUUGGGUUGAGGGACGCGGUGCGGGAGGCGCGUCCUCCGGCUCUGCCGCAGCGGCCCUCCGCGGCUCGAGUACCCCGCUUCCUUCCCUCUCUUCCCCAGCGCUCUGGUCUGGGGUCUCCGGGUAGGGAGCGGAGGGAAGGAACUAGAGAAGAGGAGGCGAAAGCGGAGCAAGGGGCAGAGACGGUCCCGGCGCGGGGCGUAGCGCGCGGUGCCUCUCGCUCUCCCGCCGCCGCCGCCGCCUCCUCUCCCGGGGCUCCCGCACUAUGCAGGCGGACAGCCGGCCGCCGAGAUGGGGAGCCGGGCGGCGGUGAGAGCCGGGCGCAGCCCUCCCCGUCUCCGAGUCCGGGCCGCGGCCGCCGCCCCCGCCCGGGCCGCGCUCCCCUUCUCCCGCCCUCGCCCUCCCCGCCCCAACUCCUCCUCCUCCUCCUUCCCCAUGCCUCUGUUCCUCCUGCUCUUACUUAUCCUGCUCCUGUUGCUCGAGGACGCCGGAGCCCAGCAAGGUGAUGGAUGUGGACAUACUGUACUAGGCCCUGAAAGUGGGACCCUCAUGUCCAUAAACUACCCACAGACCUAUCCCAACAGCACCGUUUGUGAAUGGGAGAUCCGUGUAAAGAUGGGAGAGAGAGUGCGCAUCAAAUUUGGUGACUUUGACAUUGAAGAUUCUGAUUCUUGUCAUUUUAAUUACUUGAGAAUUUAUAAUGGCAUUGGAGUUAGCAGAACUGAAAUAGGCAAAUACUGUGGUCUCGGGUUGCAGAUGAACCAUUCAAUUGAGUCAAAAAGCAAUGAAAUUACAGUGCUGUUCAUGAGUGGAAUCCAUGUUUCUGGACGAGGAUUUUUGGCCUCAUAUUCAGUUAUAGAUAAACAAGAUCUAAUUACUUGUUUAGACACUGUAUCCAGUUUUUUGGAACCUGAGUUCAGUAAGUACUGCCCAGCUGGUUGUUUGCUUCCUUUUGCUGAGAUCUCUGGAACAAUCCCUCAUGGAUACAGAGAUUCCUCACCAUUGUGCAUGGCUGGUGUGCACGCAGGAGUAGUGUCAAACAUUUUGGGUGGCCAAAUCAGUGUUGUAAUUAGUAAAGGUAUCCCGUAUUAUGAGAGUUCUUUGGCUAACAACGUCACAUCUGUGGUGGGACACUUAUCUACAAGUCUUUUUACAUUUAAGACAAGUGGCUGUUACGGCACACUGGGGAUGGAAUCCGGGGUCAUUGCCGAUGCGCAGAUAACAGCAUCGUCUGUGCUGGAGUGGACUGACCACACAGGGCGGGAGAACAGCUGGAAACCCGAGAAAGCCAGGCUGAAGCAACCCGGACCUCCUUGGGCUGCUUUUGCCACUGAUGAGUAUCAGUGGUUACAAAUAGAUCUGAAUAAAGAAAAGAAGAUAACAGGCAUCAUAACCACUGGCUCCACCAUGGUGGAACACAAUUACUAUGUGUCAGCCUACAGAAUUCUAUACAGCGAUGAUGGACAGAGAUGGACGGUGUACAGAGAGCCUGGCGUGGAGCAGGAUAAGAUAUUUCAAGGAAACAAAGAUUAUCACCAGGAUGUGCGUAAUAACUUUUUGCCACCAAUUAUUGCACGUUUUAUUAGAGUGAAUCCUACCCAAUGGCAGCAGAAAAUUGCCAUGAAAAUGGAACUUCUUGGAUGUCAGUUUAUUCCUAAAGGUCGUCCUCCAAAACUUACUCAAACUCCACCUCCUCGAAACAGCAAUGACCUCAGAAACACCACAACCCCUCCAAAAAUAGCCAAAGGUCGAGCCCCCAAAUUUACUCAGCCACUACAGCCUCGUAGUAGCAAUGAGUUUCCUGCACAGACGGAGCAAACAACUGCCACUCCUGAUAUCCGAAACACCACCGUGACUCCGAAUGUAACCAAAGAUGUCGCCUUGGCUGCGGUCCUGGUGCCGGUGCUCGUCAUGGUGCUUAGCACCCUUAUCCUCACAGUGGUGUGUGCCUGGCAUUGGAGGAGCAGAAAGAAAAAAACUGAAGGCACCUAUGACUUACCUUACUGGGAUCGGGCAGGUUGGUGGAAAGGAAUGAAGCAGUUUCUCCCUGCCAAAUCAGUGGAACAUGAAGAAACCCCAGUUCGCUACAGCAGCAGCGAAGUUAAUCACUUGAGUCCAAGAGAAGUCACCACAGUGCUGCAGACAGACUCUGCAGAGUAUGCACAGCCACUGGUGGGAGGAAUUGUUGGCACCCUUCAUCAGAGAUCUACCUUUAAACCAGAAGAAGGAAAAGAAGCGAGUUAUGCUGACUUAGAUCCUUACAACUCCCCGGUGCAAGAAGUUUACCACGCCUACGCUGAACCACUGCCAAUUACUGGGCCCGAAUAUGCAACCCCCAUCAUCAUGGAUAUGUCUGGACACCCCACGGCUUCAGUUGGGCUGACCUCGACGUCUACUUUCAAAGCUGCAGGGAACCAAGCUCCCCCAGUAGUAGGAGCAUAUAACACUCUCCUCUCCAGGACUGACAGCUGCUCCUCCGCCCGCGCCCAGUAUGACACCCCAAAAGGUGGGAAGCCAGGUCCAAGUGCCCCAGACGAACUGGUGUACCAGGUGCCACAGAGCACCCAGGAGGGAUCAGGAGCCGGGAGGGAUGGUGAAUGUGAUGUUUUUAAAGAAAUUCUUUGAAGGUGAUGCUGCUUUUCAUAAAGCAUCGUUUUAAAGCACAUGGCCUUUUUUGUGUGUUAGUGGUAGUAAUAUAUAGAAUGUAUUACGUAUCUGUCACAGAUGUGGUUGGGAAAAUGUGAUGACCGAGGUACAGGGAACUACUAAUCUUGCCAUCUUGCUUUACAAGUGUUAUUGUGGCAGUUACUGCUUGCCUGUUAAAUUUCAAACAUCCUCUUUGUUACUACUGUAAAACACUAUUUUUAAUACAGAAAAAGCUCCCUACUAUGCACUUCAAAGAAAUUUAAGAAUCACUGAGAGUAUUUAUUACCAAUGCUGCAGGUACAUUGAUGAACUCAAGAGAUGGCUGUGUAAGCCGGACUGGCAAUAACGCACGGUACUGUUCUUGAAAUGUCUAAUGGCUUGAAAUUUUGCUUUGUGAAAGGUGGGUACUAUCAGGAUUUCUUUCUGUUCUAUUUCUAUAUACCUUACGGUUUUUUGUGUUUUUUUUUUUCCAAAAAUUAGUGAUAUAAUCAUUGUUUUGAUGGUAGUCGUACACUCCUCUUUCCUUUGGAGGAUCUAUAGGUGGGAAACUGACUUGUAAUGGGCAAGGUGAUUGAUUCUUCACCUUCUGACACCUCAAGAGCUUUAACAUUUCAUGGUACGUGAGCUGGUUUCAGCCCUGCUUGCUCUGUCUGGGGCCAGCCCUAUUCUCGUGUUUUAAAAUGUUUGAGUUAUUUUAGCGAGUGAUGCUUGUUUCAUCAACCUCAUGAAUCCUCUAAUUUUACACAGCUAUAACAGAUUCUCUCCCUCCCUCCAAAUUUAUCUGCAAAGGGCGAGUUGUGAAAACUUAAGAGCAUCUAAGUGAACACCGUAAACGUGACCCCCUUAUAUUUAUUUACCACACUGAAAGGCAAAAAUCCUUUCUCAGCAAGGAUUUAACUUAAAAAAAAAAAAAAUUGCCCUCUUUGAUUUAAUAUACAGGGAUUUUCCUUUGAAUCCAAAGGUAUUUGGGGUCAGUAUUUUUAAUGAUCCACAGUAAAAUACUGAAAGAAAUAUAAAGCCCACAUGGAUUCCUCAGCUGUGUGUGACUGUGCCCUCAUCUGUAUGGGGGAAGGUGUGAACAGUCCUUUCCAGCAUACCUAGAGAACACAGGCUCUGGCAUGCGAGCCAGCAAAUAUUACAGCUUGUUUGUGAAAUUUCCAGGCAAUUUCUUUGUCACCAUUUGCCCAGGAGUAGUUUUAGAUGGGUGAAAUGAAAAGCAUCUGUAAUUUACCAGCCUCUAGUGUAAGAACCUUUCAAAGUCUUUGGCAAGAGAAGCUGGCCCUCAGGUUGAAACCUAAUUUGGCAUCUAGGCUUCUAUAAAUCCCAGUGUGUAGACUUAAUCUUGACAUGUAAUUUCCCAUCAGGAUCUAGACCUUUCUUUUGGCUCGUGCCACCAGAUUGUUUCCAGAAUUUGCUAGAGUUGAGGACCGUGUUCAUUCUGCUUGCUUCCUGAGGUAGAUGAGUAUUCUAAAGCAUUGCUUCAAAAAUCCAACUACGCUGCAGCCUCUCUGGUCUUAUGAUUUCUGUUGGUGUCAUUUGCUUUUGCUUUUCCAGACAACUUUGCAUGAUUUCAUUCAUUGAAAAAAACCAGUUCAUAUUGUUUCAAAUAUUUUGAAACAAAAAGCACAGAUGUUGAACUUUUUAUUAAGACACAAAUGUGUAAAGCACAUGUAUUACUGCAGUUAUCCCCUUUCGGGGGGGGGGGGAGAGUAAACCAAUUUAUUUUUUAUUCACCCAAUCAUAGGCCUGUUCUAGAAGCUUUAAGAGAAACUGUUUCAUCUUCCCAAAGAUGCUUGUUCUUUUUAUUUAAUGUUGUGUACGGGAUUUUCCCACAGAACUUUUGAGAGGCAAAUGUUUUCUUAAAUGAUGCAUGUUUUUUUUUUGCCACUGUGCUGUGCUUGAACUACCAGUGAUUUUUACAAAAGUUUUUACUGCUUUUAUAAAUAUAUUUUACUUUCCAAAUGAAGAGCUGAGCCUGACUCAAAGAGUUCUGAUAUUGUACUUUGAGUUCGUUUGUUUUCACAUUAGAGUUUUUCUUUUGGGUUUUGUAACCCCAUUUCUAUGUCUGAUACCUAUCUCUACAGCUUUGGAGACAAUCAAGUAACAACUGAAAAUGUGAAAGUAACCUUUUUUUUGUUUUUUCAAAAUUCCCUUGAAUUUUUAUUCUUUGCUUGAAACAUUUAAAAAAGACACGUAAGUCACUCUGUUUUUUUGGAUGAAUUUUUUUCCUGUUAGCACAAUCGUCAGACAAUGGUACAGCACGUGUGGCCCUUCCAGGUUUCCUAAAAUCACACUGACUUCUGACACGUGGUCUUCGGAACCAGCACUGUUCAAGAUAUUGUGAAUGCUGAUUUGUAUUGUAUUAAAAGCUGUAACACUAAAUAGAUCCUCUUGUAUAUGCGGGGUCUAGUUCAGUUAUUUAAAUUCAUGUUUCACUAUUUGCACUUUGCAUUGAAUGGGUUUAUCCGCUGAUGAAGUGGUUUGUGUAGAGAAUUUAUACAGCAGUUGGAAUUACGGUGUCAUGUAUACUCUUGCCCUCCGAUGCCCCAGCAGAAAAUGCACUCAUCUAAGCAUGAAUGUGGCCAUAAUUCUUUGGAAAGUGAGAAAGCUUGGAACUUCCUUGCCUUGGCUCCACCUGGUCACCUGGAGAGUGAAAGGGCUAUGGAAAUGCCAUGUCAGACGAUAAGACGCAUUGUGGGCCAAAAACUUGUCACACUCUUUUAAGAGAAAUCAAUUAAGCUCUACCUUUAAAAAAUUGCCUAUUAGUUCUGCCUUUCUGUUCUGAACUUGAAGUCCCUAAACUGCAAAAUUAAGAGUUGGAUGGUUAUUAAAAUACUUUCAACUGUGGCACCAAUUAUUUGCUCCAAUUUGUGACUUUUUUUUUUUUUUUUGCACUGGGAAAGGUAGAAACCAAACAGAAUACUGAAAUACAUAUUGGAAAAUAAAAAUGGUUUGUCAGUGAUUCUCCCAGAAUGUACUUUUCUUACCUCGGCAUGUACUGUAGUCACUCAGUAUUUGUAUAUGUUGCUAGGAUUUAGAUUGUAUAAAUAGUGAAAUUUUAAUGUGUUCUUGUGUUUUUAAUAAAUUGUAUAUAUAUGUGU